AUGGCGUUGCCAAUUGUGAUAAUCGGUGCGGGCAUCACCGGAUUGUCCACUGCAAUUGCACUGAAGAGAAACUUGCCAGAUCCAAAACCUACAAUCACGAUCGUCGAAAUCCGCUCAGCUCCUUCAACAAUCGGCGGUGCUGUCUACCUAACUCCCAAAGCUCUUCGAUAUCUUGAUCACCUUGGCGUUCCGGAGACCCUCCGGGCAGAAGGAGCAGGCGCCGAGUGCAAGGCGAUCGAGCUCUUUGACUUGUACACAGGAAAAAAGACGGCCGAGGUAGACUUCAGAGGGCGAAAUGGAGAUUGGAUCGGCAAAGCAGGCUCGAAGAAGUACUUUGCUAUGCGAGUAAUGAGAUGGCAGUUGCAGAAAGCGUUGCUGAAGGCGGUCGAGGAUCAAGAAGGCUGUGAGGUUCUUUUCGGGAAGGAACUGGUCGAAAUCCACGAAUCCGUCAAUAUAGUAUGGGAGUGUCGAGGCGUUUGUGUCGUCUUCAUAGAAUUGAGUCUUGUGGUCAGUGACACGGCGUAA